AUGAAGGCAGCCGGUGGUGAGAACGUUUCAAUGACCUCGAAUACGGUCGUUCAGGCUAAAGCGAUUGGCCAAAAGCGAUUGAAAAAGGAAUUGGAACACUUCAGCCGAUGCCACCUGGUCACUUCCAAGCAAAUCCAGGUGAAUCCAUGUGUUUAUGACCUACCGCUUUAAAUAAUUGGUUAAUUCAAUGGCUAUAAUCAAAGAGAUAGUGUUUAGAGAAGGAUCUCGUCAACCUCCAACGGCAAAAGUUGAAUUGGUUACAAAAGUCAUCCAAAUGGAAAGCCGAAUGGUUGGAUUGGUACAGAAAUGUUCGAAAUCGCUUGAAAAAAGCAAAUCCAGGGUUUAGGCUCGCCAUUCGGACCUUUUGGCUAUGAAUCUCACUUUCUCGUCACUCGGGCAACUCUCUCCUAGCUUUACAGCGCAUUUAACCCGUUUAGCUAGAGAUUAUAGCCCUUGAAUUAAUCAAUUAUUGCAAACAGUGGGUUAUAAUGAGUCAUAAUUAAUCGCUUUCAUUCAAUCCAGGUCGAGAAUGCAAAUGAAACCACUUGGAAUCUGAUCCUUUCUCCGGUGAGUUUCUUGUUGCAAACGUUGCUGAUGUGCAAUUUACACUUUCCCUCUUUUCUAGAUGGACCCUCCUUACAAUGAAGAAAAGUUCAAGAUGGCUCUCGAAUUUCAUCCGGAAUAUCCGUUUAAGCCCCCCAGGAUCUGUUUUGUGUCCCCAAUCUACCAUCCCAAUGUGAAUUCGAAGGGCGAAAUUUGUUUGACCAUUUUAGCAAUUGAGAAUUGGAAACCGGGAAUUACUGUAGCUUCGGGUAAUUCCUGUUUUCGAUUAAUUAUUUUUUUCCAGUUAUGUAUUCGCUGAUCAGCUUGUUGCGUAACCCAGAACCGGAGAGAGGAUUGGUACCGGAAAUCAUCACCGAAUAUUUGAAUGUAUGUUAUUGUUGGCAUACUCUUUUAUAUAUUGUAAUGUUCUCUUCAGAACAACGAAAAAUUCAUUGCCAAAGCGAGAGAAAAGUCCUUCCAAACCCAGUAG